CGUGUACAAGUGUACGUGGCCCAGUGUGUAUAUAUGUGUGAGCGUCCGACAUAGCACUCGGUUCACCGCGUCGCAACUUCACAGAGCGUCGGGACGCCAAGCCGCGCGCGAUACACACGCACCGCCCGUCGAGGCAGCACUUCGUUGUACAUAUAGUCAUAUAGCGUUCACGAGUAGUACUUAACAACUAGUUGCGUGCAUCGCAUUGCGUAAUCGUUGAAGAUCGGACGUUUUUAUAAUUAACAAGAAAAAAAAAACAACAACAACAAAGUAGUAAAUAAAAUGAGGUGUCUGUUGUGUUUGUAGUAGUUCGUUGAAGGAAAAUUUAUAUAUAUAUAAAAAUAAAUAACAUAAAAGUAAUAACAACAAGGUGAAAGAGAUGCGAAACCCUGGGAAUAUCCUCGUUUUAUUAUUGCUGCACGUCGCCCUUUAUCUGAACGGUCCCGUUGAAGGCCUGAAGGAUGUCGUGCUGGAAAUCGAGCCGAGGGUGGUGCAACGGGGCGAAUCUUCAACGCUGGAAUGCGUGUACAAUCUUGAAGGGGCGCAGCUGUACACGGUCAAGUGGUACAGAGGACAUCACGAGUUCUACAGAUACACCCCAAGCGAACUGCCCCACACCAAAGUCUUUCCAUUCCCCGGAGUACAUGUGGACGUAGCCGUGUCGAACAACAGGCAGGUUGUGCUGAGGAAGGUCGGCUUCAAUCUUUCAGGAAACUUCAGCUGCGAAGUGACCACGGAGGAACCGUUCUCCACAGCAGUCGUCUCCAAAGAGAUGCUCGUCGUUGUGUUGCCGGAGACGCCGCCGACGCUCAACGCCGACAAAAGUUUCUACCUCUACGGGGACAUAUUAAAGGCCAACUGCACGUCGCCACCCUCCAGGCCAGCUGCCACAUUAACUUUCUUUAUGAAUAACAUCGCGGUCUGUGAGAAGUGCGAGACACGGAAACACGUGUCCCAGGAUUUGUUCUGGAGCGAUCUGUCACUGGAACUGCCCCUAUUCCCGUCUCACUUCAGUGGAGGACGUCUCAUCCUGCGGUGCGUGGCGCAAGUGGCAGACAUGUAUCAGCAGGACACGGAACUCCGGCUGGACAACGCCAAGGAUCCCGUCCCAGAGAGAGUGACUUCUCCUAAUUCCGCGACAGCGUCUACUACAAUCAGUUUAGCGAGACUUAGUUUAUUUUUGUACAUAAUUUUGAACUUGAGGUAAGUGCGCUGUUUCACCGUUUCCACUUUGCUACGAUCUUCAGGAAUCCAAUCCAAAUCCCAGAAAAAGAGAAGACGUGGCAAAGCGAAAAAAAAAACGAUUAAACAAAUGAAAUGCAGCAAACAGCAUUAGUAAAACAAGACGAGCAAGACUGUGUCAUUCAACAAUUCGUUCAAAAGCAAGCCAAAAAAGAAGUAAAAGGUGAUUUUUUUUUGUAAUAUAAAAAACAAAAACUGUGUGUUC